AGUAGUGACCGAAGGGGACUAAUGAAUAGCCGUAGAUCCAUGAUCGUCUGAGAGCGACUUUCAAAACGCUACAGAAAUUCGACGUAUAAAUCGAAAAGAAGUGUGCGCGCGAUGAUAAGAUCAUAAUAUGGACGAACAGCUUCUAUGUUGUCUCUUCUAUAUUGUGCCGGUUUAGUAUUAAACAUAUAGUGGCAGUCGUACGUAAACUAUAUCCAAAUAUCACGAAUAUUUAAAACGAAAGCCCAUUGUCUAACUUUUAUCACAAAGAAGAAUUGCCGAGAAUAUGGAUUUUCAAAACGUUAAUCCCCUGAACGUUCGCUUAAACGUUCUCUCGGGCAACUUGCUGCCCUUGAAACCAGGUGACUCGCGAUUUCCUACAACAUGGAGGGUAUACAGCGUAUUGGUGUGGCUAAUUGAAAUAGUUCUAACAAUCGUGUUAAUUCCCGGUCUGAUCCUGGUAUCACGGGAAAAAGCGAUGAACGAUGGCACAAUUCUUUGUGUAGUUACUGUAGAUGUGUUUUUUAUGACCGCGCGGAUUCACUCGCGCAGGCAGCUGGUGAAUCGACUGAUUCGGAAACUGAACGACACUCUACGCUUUGCGGACGAGACUAUGAAGAACGUUGUGACAACGACUCUGCAGCCUAUGGAGAAUCCGCUCAAGUUUUACUGGCUGUCUGGCUGGUUGGGUGUCUUCGUGUGGGCCUGCUUACCAUUUCUGUUGAUCUUCAAAGAGGUUUCCUUCUCUUACGAGAACUACAGGACGCCAGCAGUCUUCUCCAAACAGCCCUUCUCGUUUGAAGUCUUCUUACUGGGCAGCAUCCUCCUACUGAUCGGUAAUAUGUACAUUUUUGUAAAAAAAGUCAGCUUGGAUGUUUAUAUGAUACAUCUUGUACUACUGAUAACGGCGCAGUAUCGAUUUAUCUCUACAAAACUCGCGACAAUAUUUCGAGACGGAAACCCGCUAAGUUACUUCGAUGAAUCUCGUCAAAAGUACUGCUCCGGAAUAGAUCGAUGGGUGGAGAAAGAAAUGAUAGCGUUAUGUCGACAUCACAACACUGUCGUUCGCUUAUCAUCUAUGUUAAAGAAAUUACUGUCUUUGAACUUCAGUAUGAUCUAUGUGAUCAGCGUCUUACGGUUUUGUUUUAUCGGUAUCAAGUUGAGUAUAGUACCAUCAACAAAUUUGCCGGAAGCUCUCUCGAUUGUCAUGUUUGCGUGUGGCUCAAUAGUGCAAUUAUACUUGUUGUGUUCUUGCGUUCAACAAUUGAUAGAUGCGAGUCAGCAAAUGACGAAUAUAGCAUUUCACGAAAAGUGGUACCAGUUUAGACCAUCUGUGCAACGUACAUUCAUGUUGAUGAUAAUAAGUAACAAUUUAGAGUGCAAGCUCUCGACGUGCAAGAAAUUUAAUUUGUCUCUACCCUCAUUUAUGACGAUCUUAAAUCAAUCGUAUUCGAUUGCUCUUCUUCUCUUACGAGUACAUGAAUAGUAAUGAAGGAUAUAUAGAUUACUUAAAUGCGGCAUUUCUGAAAUCAAAACUUUAUU